AUGAUGUCCGAUAAAGUCGCCAGAGGAUCUAACCACAAGUGCAGUCAAUCAUCAGUGCAAUGUGAAACAGCAGAGCAAGCAGAAGUUGGUUUGGGGUUUUUACCUGUGGGCGGGGCGGUGGGCAGCCGGGCCGCAGUGACCCACAGAGGCAGCAGGACACAGCACAGCCAGAGGGGGCGCCACAGAGCUGUCAUUCCUCCAGACGAGGCGAGGAGGCGCAGAGCAGCGAGGCCCAGCUCAGAGCUCAUGGUGCAGCAGCAUUCUGUCCUCCACCUGCCCCCAGCCUGA